UGAAGAAGGACGACACGAAGCUCGUCUCAUCAAUGUCGAGUUGGGCGGACAUUCCGUCUCCCUGAGGGAUGCAGCGGGGGGAAGGAGUGUCGAGCGGCGGCGGCGGCGGCGGCGGCAGAUGCAGCGGCAGCGGCAGAGGUGGCGGCAGCGGCAGAGGCAGAGGCUAUGGGGAGGCCGGCAGCAUCGCGGCGGGCGGGCGCGGGCGCGCGGGCGCGGGCUUGGCGUGAGCACAGCGUGCUCGUGCGCGGCGCGGCUUGCUCGCAAGUGCGGGCGCGGGGGCGCAUAGGUGGCGGCAGUGGCGGCAGCGGCAGCGGCAGCGGCAGCGGCGGCUGUGGAGGAGAGACCUCAGCGCGGCGGGCGAGCGCAAGCGCGAGCGCGGGCGAGCGCGGGCGAGCGCGUGCGAGGCGGGGCGUGGGGUGCGGAGGGGAGACGGGGCGGGCGGUGGAUGCGGCGGCGGUGGCGGCUGCGGCGGCUGCGGCGGCUGCGGUGGCGAGGCCGCAACGCGGCGGGCGAGCGCGAGUGCGGGUGCGGGUGCGACGCGGUGCGCGCAUUGACGCACGAGUAUGACCGGCUCCGGUGCGGGGGCGGUGCAGAAGCGGCGGCAACUCUGGCGGUGGUGGCGCUUCCACUGCCGGCGCCGGCGCCGGCACCAGCUGAUGCGUCGCGCGUUGGUCGACCGGAGUGGAGUGGGGCGGGGUGGAUGCGGGGAGCGGGGGCGCACGCCUUCACAGAGAAGCUUCCCGCGUGCGCAGGAACGGAGGAGCGCGCAAGGAGUGGAAGCCAGCUCAGGACGGCGGUCGCGUA